CAGUUGUUGCUUCACUAGUGCAUUUAGUCUGCUGGUGCUAGCACGCACGUAGUCAUUUUUACAAUCCAAUCCAAGUCGUUGGAAAUCCACAGUAUUUCCUUUUUUUUUUGUGUUUUUGUGCAUAAUUUUAAUUGUAGUCUUUAAAAACUAAAUUGUGUCAAAUUAUAUUCAAUUUGUAAUUACAAUUAAACGAUAAUUUAUUUUAUUUUGUUUUAUCGUACAUUGACUACAACAUCUUUAAAGAAGUUCCGUAAGAACAGUUCACAUAGAAAUAAUCAAAGUCUUAUUAAAUUGCAACAAGAAAAUAAAGAACAAAAUGUCUGGAGCAACAGUAACAAUACCUUUGGGCACUGGUGUUAACCCAUUGUACCAACGCCGUAAUAAUUUGAACGUAAUUGAUGAGUACAGGCGAAUCAGUGUGGAUGUAGUUGAUAAUAAAACUAACGAGCUAUAUAUUAUCCCUCACAAAAUGCCAAUCUAUACAAUAUCUGAUAUUUUUAGCCGUGAGGAAGAACGCUUAAAAACUUUUGACAGUUGGCCAUUAGAGUGGUUGAAUAAAAAUCAAUUAGCACAGACUGGUAUGUUCUUUACUGGUGAUUGUGAUAAAGUCAAAUGUUAUUUUUGUGAAGUUGAAAUCGGUUGUUGGGAGCGUGACGAUGAACCAGUAUCAGAACAUUUGCGCUGGUCUCCAAAUUGUCCAUUGCUGCGUCGUCGUACAACAAAUAAUGAACCAAUAGAUGCUGAAGCAUUAAGUCGUUUGUUGCCACCAGUAAGCUAUGAUAUUUGUGGAGCAAACGAUACAACAGAAGUACGAUCAGGUUUAAAUUCAGAUAUAAGAAAUAGUGAACCAGAUGUGCUAACAGCUAAUAUAAAUGUGAACGUUGGUUCCUGCCGUAGUGGUACAAAUAAUUCCUUUGUGUAUCCUGAAUAUCCAGAAUAUGCAAUCGAAACAGCACGUGUGCGUUCCUUUGCCGAGUGGCCACGCAACAUGAAACAAAAGCCUGAAGAACUAUCCAGAGCUGGAUUUUUCUAUACUGGUGUAGGAGAUCGUGUGAAAUGUUAUAGCUGUGGUGGUGGUCUUAAAGAUUGGGAAGAUAAUGACGAUCCUUGGGAGCAACAUGCUUUAUGGUUAAGCAAGUGUAGAUUUUUAAAAUUAAUUAAGGGUCAGUCUUAUAUCGAUAAUAUAAUUGCUAAGUAUAAAUCAAAAGAAACAGAUGAAAUUGUAAAUGGUGAAGUUCAAAAACCUGAAAGCGUUCCAGAACCAUACAUGUCGCCCGUAUUAUUAGGUACGUUAACACCAGCAAGAGCAAUGAUGGUUGGUGGGGGAAGUAAUAAUAUAUAUUGUGAUUCUAUUACGAGUGGUACUUCAGUACAAGCGGUUGCAAAUACUACUCCUGAAUUGACAGCGGCAACAGUAAGCUUAGAUGUGGCUCCUACUUUCGCUACAGCGGAUAAAAAAAUAAAUGCAACUAUUCCAGAAGAAAAGCUGUGCAAAAUUUGCUACGCUGAAGAGUACAAUACAGCGUUUUUACCUUGUGGUCAUGUGGUUGCAUGCGCCAAGUGUGCAUCAUCGGUACAAAAAUGUCCGAUGUGUCGAAAGCCAUUUAUGGAAGUUACGCGUGUAUAUUUUUCGUAGGCAGCAGCUGCAACCGGAUUGUGUAUAAAAUUUGGUCUUUAAUUCAGCAAAAAAUUAUAUGCAAAAUUUUAUUAAUUUGUAAAAUCAAACUAUUUUUGUAUACUACUAAUUUGUUUCGCAAACGUGAAUAUUAUUCUAUAUAUUGCACUGUAUUUAAAAUAUCAAGUAUUAAUUGUAAUAAUAAUAAAAUAAACGCAGAAAUAAAACAUAAAUUCAUAUUUAACCCUUAUAAGUACAAUGUAUAUAACCUGGGAAUAUUUCUUAAUAUUAAUGCUUAUGUUUAUAAACAAUUAAUAAGUUUAAAAAGUGUUUACGGCCAGUUAUUGUUUAGAUUAUAAAAAUGAAAUGCAAAAGCAAAAUUGUUUGAAUUGUUUGACCAAUAACUGGCCGUUAAGCACUACAAAAAAUAUAAUAACAAAUACACCAUUUGUAAUUUAAAUAAUUUUAUUAUAUAUGCAAAUUUGUAAACAGCUAUCUUCUUUAAGUUAUGUAGUAUUAAAAAAAAUUAUAAUGCAAAAAUCAUAAAAAGAGCAAAAAAUGUUAAGUAAAAAAUUCUAAAAUUUAAACUUCCUUUUAGACUAUUAGUUUUAUUUUAUAAAAUAUACAUUUAUUAAUUUACAUAAGUUUUGAAUAAAAUAUAAAUACAUAAUAUUAUGUUAAAUAUAAAUUAAAAACAGCAGUGAAAUUUCACUUACAUACCAAACAAUUUUUUUUUUGUUUUUAACUUUAAAAUGUUGAAAUUGUUUACAAAAAUCAAAAUUUGCAAAUUAUCUGCACUUUUUACAGAAAACUCAUAAAACGCUUAUAAUGUAUUCGAAAAAGUUAUAAAAUAAAAUGUACCUUCUAACAAAUAUAUAUUUACAAAUAUAAUAUUGUUUUUAAUGAUAACCACACGAACCAAAACAAUUUUUUUUCUGUCAACUGUUAUUAUAAUUUAAUUAAUUAUAUGAUUAUAAUUACUUUCAUUAAUGUAAGAAUUUGGUACCAGACGUAUCAGUGCAAAAAACAAAUUGAAAAGUGUUUUGGUUUUUAGCAACACAAAGCAAAAUAAUUAAUCUUUUUGAGAGUAAAAUAUAUUAAAUUAUUAUCAAAAACAAAGAUAACAAAUAAAAUUUUGUAU